CCCGCUACCGGCUUCCCGUCCACCGCUACCGCCCGCCCACACCUUUGGUCUUCCUGUGGACUUCCUCGUCUCCAUCUACCCGCAGCACACAGGCACCUCGACCAUGGCCUGGAGACGCGGCCGCGAGACAAGCCACGGAGGUGCAGGCGCCCCCGGUGGAGCUCCCAGCGGCAGCAGCGGCACAGCUACUCCCACGACGUCCACCUCGCACCACUCUUCCUCGUAUGCAGCCUACACCACCAAUUCCAUCGGAGAGUACCUCGCUCCCUUCUCUACUGCCGUCUCCCAGGGAUUGUCUUCAGCUCACAGCCUAGCGGGCGCCCAGGCCGAAUCCACUCGCCUGCUAGCCGACCUGGCACCGCAUAUCAUGAAGCCACGCAUCCUCUCCGCUGCUACCAAUGCCUCCCACUCGGUCACCUCGGCCGUCACCUCCAAUGCGCUUGUGGGCUUCCUGCCCAUCCCGCUGAGCAUCAGAGGUGGUUCGGGCUUCUCCUUCACUCAGCCCGCCCGCAACUUUGUCAGAAUCGGCAAGGCAGUCAGGCACGGACCGGUUACGAGUAACGACCUCAUCGCUCUGGAGAGCAGUCAUCAGAUCCUGGCAGAUGCGGCUCUAAGCAUGAGCGCAGGAUACGCUGAGCACGAAGAGAAACUGGCCAUGAUGUCCCUCAGAGGCGGGCCCUCGGCGGCUGGCAGCGGCAGUGGUGCGAACAAUCUGAACCAGGUCAGCCUGCUCAGAGGAUUCGAGGCUACCAUCCCCACUGCUUUACAAGGCAGAGAGCGGCGGAGGAAAGAAAGAGCAAGGGAAGGACCGAAGCUGGGCUUGAAGAGCAUGGGAGACAAGGCUAGAGGCCUCUUGACUGCCGACGCUGCUCACGCUGCCGAUGAGAGUAUCGAUGGUCUCGAUUCGCCUCCUUCGCCUACUGGACAGCAGCGGAGAGAGAGGCGAAGCAUCCGGGCCAAGGCUAAAGACAUACCUUUGUCUGAGGAUGAUCUGAAUAGGCAGGAUGGAGAGGUCAAGAGGGAGAAGGAAGACAUUGAGGUGCGCAGGAGGCUGCUUCAGGAUGAAAUGGCUGCAGUGGAUCUCAAGAUGGCAUCCCUGCAGAAUGUCAAAGACGGCCUGGCGAGAUCCCUCACUGCUCUCAAAGAGGAGGAAUUGGAGCUCGAAGACGAGCAGGCCGGUAUCAUGGAACUAAUCAGUCUACAGCGGCAUCGCAAGCUUAUGCCCGGUGCUGCUGGGCAGAGCGGGGCCCCGUCGCACAAGGGCGGAAGCAGACACGGAGGUGAAGGAAGCGGACAACAAGGUACAACCUCGAGGAGAAGGAAGGGUCCCAUGUUCCUGCCGAGUGAACAUGAUGAACUGCCAAAUAAUGUGGCCUUCAUGACUCUGGCCGGACAUAUCGCUCCUAUCACGGCUCUUGACUUCUCUGAGCCGUAUGGUGCGCUAGUGACAGCGGGAGGCGAGCAAGACUCUACAACUCGGGUCUGGGAUCUCUCUUCCGGCGGGGAGGUCGGUCGCCUGCGCCACGAUGCGGUAGUAAAAGCUCUCCAGGUUGAGGACGAGUUGUGUAUCACUGGCGGAAGUGAUGCCAAGGUCAAGAUUUGGGACCUGCGCAAAGUGGAAGACUGGGAGACGAGACUGGAGAUGAAGGCCAAUGGCCAGUGGAGUCCUGCGCUGCCCCAAGAAGCUUCGGCAUUGCAAAAGGUUGAUGAGGACGGUGCGAUAAGCCAAGCUGCUCUGCGGCAGGGGGACCUCACGGAGGAGGCAGUCGCAGAAGUUCGAGACGAGAGCGAUCCGAAGCUCAAGACGCUGGAGGGCCAUAGCAAGGCGGUGACGGCUCUCUACUUUGACGACACCUGUCUGGUGACAGGUGCCAACGAUAAGACCCUUCGUCAGUGGGACCUCAACACAGGCCAAUGUGUGCUCACCAUGGACAUCCUCUGGGCCAUCUCCAAUCCCACGGCUUCGCAAGCCCUCGGUUCGAGCUCCCCUCCAUCACCAGACUUCUCCUCCAUGUCCUCUUCUGGCUUCAUGAACUCUUCGCACUCUCACUCCCAUUCUCACAGCAUGGGCUCUCCGCGUCGGCCUGGCCUGCACACCGGCCUCUCCUCCUCACACAUCUCCGACUGGUCGGGCAACUUCUCCUUCCCCACUCCACCCCUCUCGGACGGCUCUUGGGAGCUCUACACGGACUUUGUCGGCUCGUCGGCCAUUCAAUUUUGGGGAUACGCUCUGGCUUCCGGCUCGGCAGACGGAGCGGUGCGAAUGUGGGAUAUGAGGACCGGCCAGUCCCACCGCACGCUCCUGGGACACACCUCGCCCGUCACAACGCUCCAAUUUGAUGAGCAGUAUGUGAUCAGUGGAUCGCUGGACAGAAGUGUGCGCAUCUGGGAUCUGCGCACCGGGACGAUCAGCGAAACGAUUAGGUACGAUUAUCCUAUCAGCGAUCUGCAAUUCGAUAGCCGGAAGAUUGUGGCGGCUACGGGGGAGAGCGGAAUCAAGGUCUUCAAUCGGACGACACUGCAGCACUCCACACUGAGCAUCAAUGGCCAUACCAAGCCUGCAGAGCGCCUGCGGUAUAUGGAUCGGUAUGCGGUCACAGGUGGGAAAGACUGCGUCGUCAAAGUGUGGGCCUUGUAAGCAGCGCACCCUCUUUGCUUUUCCCCCCGUCUCCCCUUGCUAUGUGUGGCUCUCAUUUCGUAUGCACGCAAUGCAAGACACUUCCUGCUCAAUCCGG